AUGACAAAACAACCAUCGCUCGAGAUAGACUCGCGGGUGACGCAGCUCGAUGUAACCACCUUUGCAGCCAAUCUCACCAAGCCAUUCUGCGUCGGGACAGUUCCCAAUGGCGGCUACGUCGCGUCCAUCUUUCUUCGUGUCGCAAGCGCGUAUUUGACGCCGAGGAACCAGCCAGAUCCCUUUGCGGGGCAUUGGCAGUUCCUCAACGCGACGCACGCUGGGCCAGCUGUCCUUGUCGUUGAGGAGGUCAAGACAGGUCGUGCCACGUCUGUGGUUCAUGUUACACUCUAUCAAGAGGGCCUCACUUCUUCCAGCCCGUGGAUUUCUGACAAGUCCAAGAAGAUGGUUGUGGCGUACAUCACCAAUACGAGGCUUGAACUCGAAAAGGGCGUUACCUUACCGACGGGCUUUGAAAUCAAGGACCCCCCUCCGCCUGUGGAGUUGGAGAGGCUCUCAACUGAUGGAGAUCCAAACUGGAAAAAGUUACAGCUCGUCAUCAUGGACUUUUUACGCAUCUUUGACAAUGUGGAGCUCUACACGCCCAAGAAAGAGAGUCCACUCCCGGCUACGUACGACCUGUGGAUGCGCAUGGCCAGCGGUGAGCGCUUCACAACCUCAUCUCUAGGCUACGUCGCCGACGCAGGACCGCCACUCCUCGUCGAGACGUUCCGACCGACGGACCCAGACGCACCAAUCCCAGAGGGAGGAUUCGCGUUUGACAAGAAGUUCUGGUACCCGACAGUCACCAUGAGCCUCGAGGUGAAGAAGGCGCUUCCAGAGGAGGGCGAGGAGUGGCUGAGGAUCCGCGUGGCUGCCAAGGUGGUGCGGAAUGGGAGAUACGACGCCGAGGUGGUCAUCUUUGACAGAGUGGGGGAUGUCGUGGCGCUGAGCAAUCAUGUCGCCUUGGCUGUUGAUGGAGAGCGGAACUUUGGGCGGAGCGGCAAGUUGUAG